AUGAGAUGGUUUCAUCCAAAUAUUACUGGGGUGGAGGCAGAAAACCUACUGUUAACAAGAGGAGUUGAUGGCAGUUUUUUGGCACGGCCCAGCAAAAGUAACCCAGGAGACUUUACGCUCUCUGUUAGACGAACUGGAGCUGUCACCCACAUCAAGAUCCAGAACACAGGAGACUACUAUGACCUCUAUGGAGGAGAGAAAUUUGCUACGUUGGCUGAGUUAGUCCAGUAUUAUAUGGAACAUCAUGGACAGCUCAAGGAAAAGAAUGGAGAUGUUAUAGAGUUGAAAUAUCCGCUGAACUGUGCUGAUCCUACAUCUGAAAGGUGGUUUCAUGGGCAUCUCUCUGGAAGAGAAGCUGAAAAACUAUUAACAGAAAAAGGAAAACAUGGAAGCUUUCUUGUGCGUGAGAGUCAAAGCCACCCUGGGGACUUUGUUCUUUCUGUCCGGACAGGAGAUGAUAAAGGAGAAAGUAAUGAUGGGAAAUCUAAAGUGACACAUGUCAUGAUUCACUGCCAGGAUCUAAAAUACGAUGUUGGUGGAGGGGAGAAAUUUGACUCUCUGACAGAUCUAGUGGAACAUUACAAGAAGAACCCUAUGGUAGAAACUUUGGGCACAGUAUUGCAACUCAAGCAGCCUCUGAAUACUACCCGUAUUAAUGCUGCAGAGAUUGAAAGCAGAGUGCGAGAGCUAAGCAAGCUAGCAGAGACUACAGAUAAAGUCAAGCAGGGCUUCUGGGAAGAAUUUGAGACUUUACAGCAGCAAGAAUGCAAACUUCUCUAUAGUCGUAAAGAAGGUCAGCGUCAAGAAAACAAAAACAAAAAUAGAUACAAAAACAUUUUACCCUUUGAUCAUACCAGAGUUGUUCUACAUGAUGGUGAUCCAAAUGAACCUGUUUCAGACUAUAUCAAUGCUAAUAUUAUUAUGCCUGAGUUUGAAACCAAGUGCAACAACUCAAAGCCAAAAAAAAGCUACAUUGCUACUCAAGGCUGCCUACAGAAUACAGUGAAUGAUUUUUGGAGGAUGGUGUUCCAGGAGAAUUCUCGAGUUAUUGUUAUGACAACAAAAGAAGUUGAAAGAGGAAAGAGUAAGUGUGUCAAGUACUGGCCUGAUGAAUAUUCCUUAAAGGAGUACGGUGUUAUGCGUGUUAGGAAUGUUAAGGAGAGUGCAGCACACGAUUACACACUAAGAGAACUUAAGCUUUCUAAAGUUGGGCAAGGGAACACAGAGAGAACAGUCUGGCAAUAUCACUUCAGAACUUGGCCUGAUCAUGGAGUCCCAAGUGACCCUGGUGGUGUACUAGACUUUCUAGAGGAGGUGCACCAUAAGCAGGAGAGCAUUUCUGAUGCGGGACCGGUUGUGGUCCACUGCAGUGCUGGGAUUGGGCGAACAGGAACUUUCAUUGUGAUUGAUAUUCUUAUUGACAUAAUCAGAGAAAAAGGUGUGGACUGUGAUAUUGAUGUUCCAAAGACCAUUCAGAUGGUGAGAUCACAACGGUCAGGAAUGGUUCAGACAGAAGCACAGUACAGAUUUAUUUACAUGGCAGUACAGCACUACAUUGAAACGUUACAGCGCAGAAUUGAAGAGGAGCAGAAGAGUAAGAGAAAAGGUCACGAAUACACAAACAUUAAAUAUUCUUUAUCGGACCAGACAAGUGGGGAUCAGAGCCCUCUUCCACCCUGUACCCCAACCCCAACAUGUCCAGAAAUGAGAGAAGAUAGUGCUAGAGUAUAUGAAAAUGUGGGGCUGAUGCAACAGCAGAAAAGUUUCAGAUGAGAAGAUGUACAGAGACUUCCAUGCAAGGGCAGAAAUGAAUAUGGUUUUU